ACAAUGGCAAGCAACUCAGAAUUAAAACUGGAAACGUUGACGAAGUCAAACGUCACAUCUUUCGUGCAGUGCGUCUUGGAGUUGGUCGCGAAUUCUUUGGCUGCACACGCUGCAGCAAUUGCGAUAAGAAUACAUACAGAGAAACGCGAAAUUCAAGUUAUCGAUAACGGCAACGGAAUCCGGCAAGAUACUUUAGAAAGUAUCGGAGAAUGUAACGCAAAAACUAUGAACAAUCAGCAAGGGACCUACGAUCUAUCUGAGUCAAAUAAUCGUAUGUUAAUAAGUAUUCGUCACUUGUCUGAUUCCUUUACCAUAGCUUCAAAGUACAGAAAUUCGAUGGAAACAUUUAUGAAGAGGAUAGGUAUAUUCUUGCAUGUUUUGUUCAAGGUAUACAAAGUAGGCUGUGCGCCGACUUUAACACAAAUAGAACAGAGACCUUCACAUGGUACGACUGUGUCUAUUUAUGGUUUCCACGGAAUGAGGGAAAACUCAGACGUAAAGACUAUUUGUUAUUUUAUCGCAGCUCUGGCUGUUGCAGAAUUAAAAGUAUCAUUCUCAAUUAGAGACGAAGAACAAAGGAGGGUUGCAUUGAGAAUCGCUAAGCCACACUGCCCAAUUGACAUCUUACGAGCAUUGUUCGGAAAGAACUUACCACUGAAUCGUAUAUGGUCGAUUCGAUGCAGUGCAAAAUAUAACACGAAAUAUCACGGCUAUAUCGGACUGUCGGAGAAAAACGCGAUGCAGUGCAUAUUUCUAAAUCACAGACUUAUCAGUUGUUCCUUUAUUCUGAAACUGAUUAUAGACGAUUUCAAAAAAUGCCUCGAUGUAUCAUUCCGCUCGAAAUUUAACGAUAAAAAUAUCUUCAUUCUGUUCUUUCUUACGCUUAAAAAACAUGAAUUUACAUUUACUACUGAAAAUGGCAAAAAGCUCUUAAUGUUUCAUGAUAUGCAAAAAAUAUUAAAUAGCAUUAAAGCUUGUGCGUUUAAAUGUACUACGGAAGGAAUCACGGUUUGCGCUGAAAUAUUACACCUUUGA